AAUAACUAUAAAAAGGGGCGUGCUCGCCACCCUGAUCCAUCAUUCAAGUUAUAUUUUUUUAUUCAAGAUGUCUGGACAAAACUCCAACCCCGGAAACUUUGCCAACCGUUCCAAGGAGGAACUCAGAGAGAUCGCCAGCAAGGGUGGUCAUGCUAGCCACAGCGGAGGAUUCGCCAGCAUGGAUCCUCAGAAGCAGCACAAUAUUGCCAGCAAGGGAGGCCAUGCCUCGAGUGGUUCUUUCAAGAAAGGUGAAGCCAGAGCCAGCGCAGCUGGACGCAAGGGUGGCGCUCGUUCUCAGGGUGGUAAAAAAUCUGGUGGUCGCGGUCGCCGUGGUCAAACCGAACAGUCUGUCGACGAAGAAGAGUAAAGUCUCACACACGAUGGGAUAUAUUUACUCUAAGCAACAAAAAAAGGUUGCAGCAAUUAUGUAAAUAAAAAAUAUUGUUUCAAAUAAUUAUGAAAAGAACCUCCCAAUUUAUCAUUUGAUUGAUGAAGUUGAUCUUUCCAAGUCGUAUACUACCAACUCAUGCGUGAGCACCGACAAGAACGAAAUAAUUAAGUGUGCGGAUAAUCCGUUCUUAUGUGGCAUGGAUGUUUGUGUUUCGGGGUCGACGGAUGAAAAAUUUGACGCGGUGUCACACAAAGCCCGCUCAAAAGAGUCAGUGCUUCAGCAGCCGUGAGUCAUUUUAUAUA